AUGGCAGUUCCUCGUUGGAGCGACUUCGUGCUGCUGCACCGCGUGAAGAGCGAUGGUGGAUGGCAAGUGUCAGGCGAGUUGCAGUCGAGCGAUGCGAGGUGGCUGAAGACUGCGGAGGUGGCUCUGGCGCCGCGCACGGCCAAGUCUCAGACCGUGACGGUGUGGACGAACGUGACACUGGUGGACGCGGUGUCGUUGCGAUCCGUGGUGGUGAGGGUCUCUCACUUGGUCCGGAGCAUGCCGGACCCUCGGUCUCUGAUGUCGACUGCACUGCUACAGCCGAUCGUGGUGGAGAGCCGGGAGGACGAGGCUGCGUUGGUUUCGAUGGCGGACUUGGGCGCGUUGGGCACGUCGCUGGACAGCUCUGCGGUGUGGUCGGAGUACUGGUCGGUAGACGUGGAAGUUCGCGGGCGCGACAUGGACACGUCACUGAGCGCGUUGGUCUUCGACGGCGUGCAGGCCGACGUACGGACGCGCGCUGGCGGUAGCGUGUCGAAUGUGUCGAAUGUGGCUUUGCUUGCUGCAGGUGUACCCGGUGGCGUCAUUCUCUCGGGUGUAUUCCGUGGUUCUUUGGUGCUGGUGUUCCGGGACAAGCGGAAUGCGGCGCAGCGGGUGGAAGUGGUGCGUCCGCUGGCGAUCUCAUGGCGGCGUCGCGACCUGGACCUGUCUGUGGCGCUGCGCUCGAUGGUAUUCGUAAACGAGAGGGUAUCGUUGCCGCCGAGGCAGUUAGUGUCUGUGGCUUUGGAUCGCGCGUCUGCGUUGCUGGUCGGCGCUCGGCUGGACGUGCAGAGCGUGAGCAUGGCAGUUCCUCGUUGGAGCGACUUCUGUCGGGCGAGUUGCAGUCGAGCGAUGCGAGGUGGCUGA